AACAAACUGAUAAGAAUUUUGUGACGAUAAGAAUUCUCUGGACAAUUGAUCUUUACAUCUCAGAAUCAAUGGGCAUUUGCAUAAAGGCACGUAAAAUACUAAAAAUAUGAGGCAUUUGUGGGUUGUUACGUUUAGCUUAUUGGCUUUAUCUCACGUAAAGCCUUUUACUGCCAUAGCUUCGAAAAUGUACACUUGCUCCUCAGAGUUCCCAGAGGCAUUAAAAUUUUUUGAGCGCGAAAAUGAGUUAAUGCAUUUGCGUAAACGAAAGGAGAAUUUAGCUGCCUUCAAGUAUAGCACGGAUCUGACGGAAGGGAAUCGGCAGGCUAUGAUAGAGGUAGCCUCUCAAAACGCUAAAGAAAAUAAGGAGUUGGCAGAGUCUAUAAAGAAAAUAUUUAAAUACGAUCAGAUUACGGACCCUUGUUUGAAGCGACAAGCAGUGAUUCUGUCUGAUAUAGGUGCUGAUGUCUUAGAUUCGGAAGAUUUUGUAACUCUACAAAAUGCUAUCAGUAAAAUGCUUACCAACUACGCUUCGACCAAAGUUUGCUCUUUUGAAAAUCCAAAUCUCUGCAAUAUGACUCUAGAACCCCACAUACAAGGAAAACUAGGUCAAAGUAGGAAUCCAGAAGAGCUCGAACAUUAUUGGACUGAAUGGCAUAACAAGGCUGGCACACCAAUGAAAAAGCAAUUCACAAAAUAUGUAGAAUUAACCAGGAUGGCGGCUAAAUUAAAUAGUUACGAUUCCUAUGCUGAUUACUGGAAGCAUUACUAUGAAGAUCCUGAUUUUGAGAAUAAUGUUCACGCCGUCUAUAAAGCAAUACUACCGUUCUACCAGCAACUUCACGGUUAUGUUCGACAUCGCUUAUUUCAACACUAUGGACCGGAUGUUAUUGCAGUUAAAGGCAAUAUUCCCAUCCAGUUGCUAGGCAAUAUGUGGGGUCAACAGUGGGAUAAUGUUAUGGAUCUGCUUACUCCAUAUCCGAAUGCACCAACCAUCGACGUUACCGGUGAAAUGAAGCGUCAAGGGUAUACCGUGAAAAAAAUAUUUCAAUUAGGUGAUGAAUUUUUUCAGUCAAUGGGCUUGCGUUCCUUGCCAUCGAGUUUCUGGGAAUUAAGUAUGCUGGAAAAGCCGGAUAAGAGGUUGGCUGUUUGCCAUGCUUCUGCGUGGGAUUUCUAUGGAGACAGUGACGUGCGUAUUAAAAUGUGUACAGAAGUAAAUGCUCACUACUUGUACGUAGUACACCACGAAUUGGGACACAUUCAGUAUUAUUUGCAAUAUGAACAUAUGCCGACGCCUUUUAGAGGAGCAGCUAAUCCCGGUUUUCAUGAGGCAGUUGGUGAUGUUAUUGCCUUGUCGGUCGGUACACCCAAACACUUACACGCUAUUGGCUUGUCGAAAGUUGAUAGAUUGAACGAGCAAAGCCGAAUUAACGAGCUAUUCAGAUUGGCAUUAAAAAAAGUGGUCUUUUUACCUUUUGCCUAUGCCAUGGAUAAAUUUCGUUAUGUAGUAUUUAGGGAUGAAUUAAGAGAAGAGUAUUGGAAUGUAAAUUUUUGGCAAAUAAGAUCCGUUUUAUGUGGAUUAGAGCCGCCUAUUGAGCGAACGGAAAGAGAUUUUGAUCCUCCGGCUAAGUAUCAUAUAUCAGCCGAUGUCGAGUAUUUGCGUUACUUUGCCGCACACAUAUUUCAAUUCCAAUUUCAUAAGGCUAUGUGCCUAAAAGCCGACGAAUAUGAACCGGGCGAUCCAGAGAAGCCAUUAGACAAUUGUGACAUAUAUAAAAGUAAGGAAGCCGGCAAUGCUUUCAGUGACUUUUUAUCGUCCGGUAAUUCAAAACAUUGGAAGGAGUUACUGGAAGAUUUUACCGGUGAUACGGAAAUGAAUCCUUCUGCUCUGUUGGAAUAUUUUGAACCGUUAAAUAAAUGGUUAAUUGCAGAAAAUCGCAAAUUGGGCGUACCGGUAGGAUGGGAUGUAACUGACAAAGUUUAUGUACCAUAAAAGCUGAUUUCAUGGGGCAGAUGACCUUUGGGAUUUUUUAUUUCAUAUUUCUACUAACAGUUUGUAUUUGGCU